GUUGGUAGUAAAUCCGUGUGUGUUUGCGGGCAUAUUUUUGGGACGCAGCCUCCAUCCCUCCCCCUUCCAGAGGACAAAGACUAAAAUGGGUCAGACUCCGGAGAGCAGCACCAGCCAUCAUGUAAUGUAGUUCAUCCUGCUGGAGACAGAAACAAGAUGCUAACGACGAGAUUCAUGGCGUUUUUAAAGCGCUCCAUCCAACAUGUCGCCCGCGGACUCCGCUUUUCCCCUCACAUCUAACGGCCGGUGAUGACGCCGUGGACUCGGUUCUUCACGGACAUUUAACGGCUGAAAAACACGGUUUGAUUUUGGGGGAAUCCGGUUUUUUUUUACCAACAUGUCCUCUCGGGAUGGGUGAAGCAGCACACUGGGACUGAACUGGUUUGAUUGGGAUUCCUGCUGAUGGUGGAGCUCCGGUUUCCAGUCAAACACCGACACAUCAUACUGUUGAACGACCGACGGAGGGUGAUGGACGCCGGGCAGAGUUAAUCAGUGUCCUCGGGGGAAAUACAGGUACAACCGUGACUCUUGAGGGAAUCUCAAAAAACGGAUUUCACAAACGUUACACCGUGUUACAUUAUGUCCCAGUUACCCGGUAACAUCAGCACCAUUAAAACCAGUUGAGCUCCGUGCUGGUACGGCAGGUGGUUCAUAGAAUUACCUAAAAGCUAACCGUUACACACAUAUUAGCUCUCCUAUGGGGACUACAGAGGGGAUUUUAUCCGUGUUUAUGUAACUACUAUCCCAUUAACACCAGUAAACAGGCUUCUGCUAGCAACCCACAUCCUCGUACUUAAUUUAGGGGAGACUGGGGAAGGUUGUGACACUUUACAUAGCCCUUAAUUUCUCGAUGAAAAUUUCAGUUAAACAAGUCAAAUUUAAAUAUUUUAAGUUGACGUCCGUCUGCUAAUCUUUAGUAUUUAAAGGUAAGCUGUUAUGGUUUAUGAUGAGAUGAACAAUAUUUAUUUAACCCUCUGUAGUUUGGGGUAUAGUUAGCCGUUUUUAGCCACUUUUGAUUUAACCUUUAUAUUUCCCAUUUAAAACGGUUUGCCUUGCUUGGUAUCAUUUUUUUCAGCACAACCUCACCUGUGUGAAUUUACAGUUAUUUUUUUAUUUUGACAUACUGUGUUAACGCAGGAGACCUAAAUUCACACACAAAACACAAAAUCCAAGUGGAAAAAAGUAAAAAAAUUUACUGUAAAAACCACAAAUAUGUAUAACAAAACAUUUUAUAACUUAGACUGCAAAUAUAUAUUGUAAACUCCAAAACGUUUAUACAAUUUUUGCAAAAAACACAAUAAUUUACCACUUUUACAUUAAAAUACAGGCAAUGCCUCAGGUGUUUUUUGUACAGCUAUUUACAAAACAAUGUAUGGUCUCACAAAUGGCACAUUUUAUUUAUGCUACUACAAAAAACAUGAUGUAAAUGUGGCAUAGUGUAAAACGUGAUGUAAAAAACUUAUGUAGACCCUCCUCUAUGUCAGUUCGCUUGUAAUUUUUCCAUAAUUCUUUGUUUUUUGCCGCUGAAGAAACAGGGCUGUUUUUUCAGCUGCUAGGCUGACACCUGCCCUCUCAUAGUGGUUUCAGCAGUAAAAAUAGGAAUAUAAUAUUGUCAGUCCUGUUGCUGCUAGUCUCGUUUGCUUUUGUUUGUUGUAACAAAGCAUUAAAAUGAAUUUCUCCUUAUUAUAUAAGCAUAAAAAAAAACCCUGCCAGAGCUUUAAGUUAAGGAUAAUUCGCAGAAAGCUGUUUUAAACACCAUCCUAUCUUUCAGAAUGUGCCCUUUUUAAAGACAAUUUCUAUCAUCCAGAACUUUCUGUCUUUAAAGGUCUCUUUUUCUGUCUUUUUUUGUCAAAAUAAAGACGUUUUAACAGACAUUUCAUGUUACAGUUUGCCUCUCAGAAUCUGUUACAAGGGUUGUCUCCAUGGCAACGGUGUUAUGCAGAAUUAACAGAUCUUAGAAUGCUGUAAUCAACCAAUCAGAUUUGAGUAUACAACGCAGUUAUGCAGUGAAUAGAGUUCAAUAACGCCAGCCUUUGUCUGAAUUAGCAUCAUAAUAAUACAUUAUUUAAUUUUUAUAUUACGUUAAUUUCUUUUUUGGAUUAAUAACACCGUAAUACUAGAGGAUAUUUUAAACUAUUUAAAAUACUUCUCUAAGACUCUUUUUUUGUAGUUUUGUUUUUAUUUUGAAGUUCAUUCUGCCUUAACUAUGUGCCAAAUUUUAUGCAACUGUACAACAGAGCUGUUUUGUUUGCUUAUAAAAAGCACUCCUUAAAAAUUAUUUUCUUGUUUAUCAUCUUAAAGAAAUCAGGACAUAUUGUCCUGAUUUCAAACUUAUGACCUCAUGUGUCUGUAUGUCUUGUUCCAACCUGGCUGAUUGUGAGUCAGAUAGCUGUGGCCGUAAAGGAGAUAAAGUGAACUAAUUCCACCUGUCCUUUCAGGAGACGGAGUAAAGUCCUGCAGGGGUGGACUGUGGACCCAGAGACCCAGCAAGAAUCUGAUGGAGGACUGUUCACACCGUCGACUUGGUAAGUUUCUGCUCUGAAUUCAACAUAUUUUUAGUUUUAGCCUGAAAUCUGAAGACUCACUAAUGUGUCCGUCAACAUCAUCCCGAGUGACCUUGUUCACUCUGAGCAGAAAUUUAAAAAUGGAAGCAACUCGGCCGCCUCCUUUAGGAGGACUUUCCAUUUUUAGAUUUCUAUUUUCUCUCCCAGAUACUUUCUAAUUUGGUUCUCUUUUGUUGUUGUUGAAAAGUGAGACAGAUCUGGAGCUCAGAGAUGACAAGGAGAGGAAGUUUUAGUGUCGCAGAGUCCAGGCUGUCACUGAGACGCUUUGAUGAGAAUUUGAAGACUCAGAAAGUCCAAAGAAAGUAUCUGUCUUUAGUGAUGUUUGGUUUUAAAACUUUAAAAACGACACGAAAUUUGGCGAUCUGGAGUAUGGAGGUAAAGAACACUUCCUGAUCUGGUGUUACGUAAUAAGACGAAUCUGCUUUUAGUGCAGUGACUUGGCCAGAAAUCGUCAGAUAUUCUUCAUAAUUAAACUGAGUUUCCAUUUUGUGUCUCCCUCUUACAUCUGUCGUGUUUUUGAGGCCUCUCUUAGUUUUGUACAGCUGUAACGAAUCAGGAGGGAGGUUGAAGCGUAUCCCACUGAGGGACAGACAAACUAGUGGCACCACCUUUGAUGCAACAUGCUUAUGUAAAAGUUCAAGUCCUGAAAACAACCUCUCAUCUCUAGCACAUGUUUUUCUGUUUCUACAAUUGAAGGAUUUUUUCCAUCUCUUCUUAAAUCUGCAGACAAACUUCUUCCAAACUAACAGCAGUGAUGCCACGUUCAUGUCUGUAGAAAUUAUCCACUUUGGUUUGUGAAAAGAAGUUGCGGAGACUGUUUCAAACUUUUUUGAACAAUACUGAUUUUUCUUGCGACAAAAGCAACGCCAUACGUGUUUCCCCCUAAAUUAUGUUUUUUCUACAGCAACAUAACGGAUUUAACUAAAAGUAUUGCAAACCUACAGAACAUCAAAGCUAAUUCAAGGCCCGCAGCCUGAAGAGGCCAUAUUUGGAGGCCAAAUGCGUCACAGCAGCGCGUCAAAGGCUGUCCCAUUUCAAAGGCUCCUCCAAAUGUGUCCUACUUUUCCGGGCUGUGGAGACUGCAUCAGGUGCAUCCUUCAUGGCCUCACUUAUCCCGUGAUUUUUUGCGUGCGGAGAUAGCAGGCUCUCAAAGUGCUGAGUAAUACACUGAUAAAUUAUACUAUUCGGUUUUAUCUCAGUUGUGAGCCGUACAAAUGUUAUUCAAGACAGACGCAGUGAAAUUACACAUUGUAGAGGCGUACAGACUGUUGGACAUGCUAGAUAUCAAUCAGGCUCAUGACAAUCUCUGCAGACAAACAGAGUGAGACUCAAACUACUAAAUGUGGAAUGGGGGACUAUUUCAGACUCAGUGUCCAGGUUUCUUCAUGCUUGUUCUUACUGAUAAGUCCAAAAAGUUGUGUGUCAAUCAUGAAUGCUAUCUGGUCACAGCACAGUUGAGAUAUUUACUUCAUGUCACACAUUUCUGCUCCAAACCAAAAUUUGAAUUCAUGGUUAUGCUUGUGUUUUUGUGUAGCAGAGAUUUCGUGUGGACCUCUUCCCUUCCGUGUCGGACUCUGAUCUGAUCCUGAUCUAAGACCGUAGACCUGUAGACAUGUCUCCUCCAGCGUCCCGUCCUCGCUCCUGGACGCUCAGGCUGCUCCUCACCGCUCUGCUGAUGCUGACCAUGAUGACAUCGCUUCCCGUAUCGGCUGUGGAGGCGGAGACGUGUUUCUCCAGACAGCAUCAGGGCGUGAUCGUGAAUGUCAGACUGGCCUUAAACAGACCGUCCACGGUGAUGGACGCCCGCGCCGUCCGCUCGGAGAGGGACUGCGUGCUCGCCUGCUGCUCCGAGGAAGUCAAACCAGGUGAGAAUUUAACAUGAAUACAUCAACCAGCAUAACUCAGUAAUGACUUGUGUGUGGUUCGAGUGCAUUGUGGGGCAGAGUAGGGAAGGUAUAAUAAAGGCUAAAAUUUGCUAUAAUAGGCCCUAGUUUGUGCGCUGCUUAACUAGCAACAUGCCGUUAGACAUGCCCAGAUUCUCGUCGCACUGCUUGCUUCAGACUGAUGAUGCAUCUUUUACUCUAAUAUUUUUUUGUCCUCCGUUUGGUAAAUGAUUCAUAAAAACACUCAGAGUGUCGAAAAAAUGACGACUUUAGAUGUCUUUAAACAUCCACAGGAGAAGCUGAGUCUCUGGGUUCGUUUCAGGAUCCGGUCUAGACUUCAAAAACACUCAUCAGGUCAAAGUGAGACUCGCUGACAGGCUGUAUGAAGCUGCUCAGGCAGAGACGUGACAGCUUUACUCAGAAACCUGCUUUCAUCUUUAAAAACAGCACACAGAUAUUUAAAAAGCUGCAGAUCUCGUCUGUUAGAGCUCGGUCACGUAACAAAAAUAGAAAAUAUCUGACUAAAGAGAAAAUCAGAUCAGACAUCAUGGUGUCUUUACACAGAGGAAUAAAACACCUGAUAUAACAGCUCAUUUGCAUAACUGCUGUGUGAUGAAGGAAACACAGAAAGAACCAUGUGUAACAUACAUGACUUCAUGUUUUUGUGUUUUUUUAAUGAUAAACUUGAUUUGAUUUAAAGGUGCAAAGUGCAGCAUGGCCGUGUUCAACUCCAACAAACAUCCAGGUGAAGAUAACUGCUUCCUGUUUCACUGUCAGACGGAGCAGGACUGUCCUCUGAUGAAGGCUCAGGACGGCAUCAACACGUACGACAUCUACAAAGGUAAAUCCAUCAGACUGUUCACAUGGGGAUGUCUUUAAGGUGUCAGGCAGCUGAGAGUUUGACAAUAAGGCGUAAGCCAAGUCUUUGAUUAAAGGGAUAUUCCGGCGUAAAUUUAAGUUAGGAUCAAAGACACCCUAACACAGAGUUAGACACCCCAUCGAGGGAUGAAUGUUGCCGAUCGCUUGCUUCUCUAGUUAUACCAACUUUAGUCACAACCGCAGAUAGCAAUACAGAGAGCCACGUGCUCAACCAAAACGCCACUCUAUAUCCACAAAUAAUGCUCAGAACAGCACCUAACUUAAUCAACAGUACAUAUAGGGUCCUAGUCAUAGUUCAAGCCACCAAACAUCUUUUUAACUUUGCCUGAUUUCUUUAGCAAAGAGACUAAACACAGCACACCUACUCUCUUCCAGCAGCCGCUUGUUUGUAUGGCGAGACCUCUGGGUGAGUCUAUCGACUGCAGCAGGGGGACGCAGCUCAAGGAAGAACAUUUGUGACCAUUACUAAUGAUCAUCAUAUUAAUCAUUUUGCACUGCAGACUUCUGCCUCAGCGUCUCAGUCUGACUGCAUUUCCAUGAAGAAAUGAUCAUAAGUGUUCUUCCUUGAGCUGCAUCACCCCACUGUAGUCCAUAAUGAACUGGCCCUAGGUCUAGCUACAAACAAGCAACUGCUGGAAGAGAGUAGGUGAGUUGUGUUUAGUCUCUUUGCUAAAGAAAUUAGGCAAAAUUAAAAAGAUGUUUGGUGGCUGGGACCCUAUAUGUCCUGUUGAUGAAGUUAGGUGCUGUUCUGAGCAUUAUUUGUGGCUAUAGAGCGGCGUUUUGGUUGAGCGCCUGGCACUCUGUACUGCUAUCUGCGGUUGUUACUAAAGUUGGUAUAACUAGAGAUGGAAGCAGUCUGCAACAUUUAUCUAACUCUAUCUAACUCAGUGUUACGGUGUGUUUGACCCUAACUUAAUUUUACGCCGGAAUAUCCCUUUGACUGGGAACAUGUCAGAUAUUAGGGGUUACACUGCCCCCUGCUGGAUCCAUAAAAUGAAUCUCGUCUUCUUUACUCCUCAGGUUUGAUUCAUCCAACCACAGUGAGACCUGCAACAACCACCACCAGCACCACCACACCAGCUCCAACCACACCCACAACCACGACCACCACCACGACAACCACAACCACGACCACCACACAGAGUACGACAACACCAACAACCACAACAACAACAACAACAACCCCAACCCCAACAACAACCACCACCACCACACAGGCCCCCACCACCACAACCACAGAACCCCCACCCAUCAUCAUCAUCGCCACCAUGGCUCCAGUCACUCUGCCACCAAUCGACGACACCCCGACGCAACAACAACAACAACUACAACAACAACAACUACAACUGCAACCACCACUACUGCCGCAGUGAGGAAACCAUCCAAACCCAGCAGAAAACAGAACAAACCCCCUAAGAAGGUGAAACCACAUCCUGCCGCCACCAACACCUCCGCCCCACUCCAUCACACACCCACACCACCACCUUCAGUGGUGACGGCUGCACCAAGAACUACUGAGAAACUACAGCCAAGCACUCAAACUACACCUAGAACUACCACCACUACUACAACCACGACUCCAGCUACGACCACCACCACUACUACGACUACUCCUGCGACUACUACAACUACCACCCAUCCCACUACGACUACAACCACGGCUACUACAACCACGACGACGACAACAGCUCAACCAACAACGACAACAACUACCACUGAUCCGCCCACGACGAGGACAACUCAAGCAGCAAGUUUAAUCAUCGUCCCUAAAGGUGCUGACCACGCCCUUCAGACUGACCCCGCCCUCCAGAACUCAAGCAUCAGCCGGGGGAAGGCGGUGGCCACGCGGGGGGCUUUGAAGAGCGGCGUGGUAGCGUUCAUGGUGCUCGGGCUCGCUGUGCUCACGCUGGCUCUGGCCGUAGGUGGGCGGAAAGCGAUGGAGUCCUUCGACAGACGCCAUUACACGAGACUGGAGUUGAACGACCUGCACUACGAGGUGUGAGGAGGGACAAAAAGCCUCUUUGAGUUUGGUGACGGGAGCUCAGAAGGACAAAAAGCAGGACUCAUAAUGGGUGAAGAUUGUUCAUGUUUGCUUUUUUAUAACAUUUUGAUUUCUUUGCCGCACAGAGUUACACAAUUAUGGAAUGUCUACGUUGCAACAUCAAAGGGGCGUGACUAACAAGAAUACUUCAUUCUGAUUGGCCAGAGGGAGUGCAUUACUUCGCAAUAACCACACAGCUCUUGCAAAGAGUUAUUUACACCAUAUCAUGUAUGCGUAAACACAACCUCUGUCUCACUGAGGUCCCAUAUGAUGAAAACGCUUUAUUUUUCUGUGGGGGGUUUUCGGUUUGUGUUGACUCUGGUGUCUCCUGUGGACAAAGUGAAACCUCUUUUCUCUUGUCCUGCACAUGUGAACGUUGUGUUUUCAGGCCAAAACCUCAUCCUGCUGCUUUGAAACAGCGAGAUGUAUCACUCACUGAGAGUAUUAACCGUGGAAAUGUUUAAAAAGGCUGUUUUCUUCGACGCCUCGCCCCCCUCCGAGGUUUCAGGCGGCAGAAACUACAAGAGAGAAAACAUCAAGUUUUGUUGCUGAUGAUCUUGUUUGGUUUGAAAGGUCAUGGCGAGACAUUAAUAUCGGUUUCAAGCUGUUAAAAACUCCCCACAGUGUCUUAACAACUAAAACGUUAUCUGGGACCUUCAAAAUAUCUGUUUCUAAGUAUUUGACAGUUUCUGCAAUUCUAGUAUCUGCAGUGGAUGUUAUUUUUCCACAUUAUUCCCAUUUUCAUUGACAAACAGACUUAAGUUUGAAAUUAAAUUGUGACCCAGAUUUGCCUUUCAUUUUUAAGAGGUUUAAAAAAAUUUACACUGAGCCAUAUUUUCAGCUCUGAUUGUAAAUUGGUAGUGGUGUAAAGACGAAAAUGGACUCAGUCCUGUGCAGUUAAACCUUCUCACUCCUCUGUGUUUUACAUGUAUUUAACAGCAAUGCACUCUCUCACUAUUUUAGUUACAACAGAACUUAAAACUGAUCAGAUAAUCCAAAAAUGUGUCAUUACAGAGCUUUGAAUAUUCUCAGAUUGAUCAUUUUUCAUGGCAGAUCGUUUAUAUUGAGACACUGAUGUAGUGAUGAAUAAAAUUUAAAGAUGAUCUAUUUGUUUGUGGUACCCCAAAAAAUGAAUCAAGUGACAAAUCAGCCUAAAUUUUCAGCAUAAAUUUUGCCCUAAAUCUGUCCAGACAUCAGACAUUUUUAUCCACUAAUCGAAGUUUGUGUCGGGGUAAAUUCAGGACUCAUGAUUAUUGAUCAUUGAUUAUUCUGAUUUUUUUCCUACAAUUCUCCUGUUUUAAUUUUGACUUGUGUCUAAAGAAGAAAAAAGUAUUUGUCAUUUGUUUGUUAAGUUAUUUCAGGAUCUGUUUUAAUUACAAAUCUAGUUUUAAGCUUUUAAAUUUUUGUUAAAAUUAUGCUCGUUUUUAAGUGAGACGAAUGAUCAACACUGAAAUAAGGAGAAUAAACUGAUGAUAUUCAUUUUUUUAUGAUUUAAACUUUAUGCCAGAGAGGACGUUUUCACUUUGAGGAAACAGCGUAAUAAGAUGUGAAUAUCAGUGUAAGGAUGGUUUCAGACAUUUAGUUUUACUUAUGGCACCUUUAGGCCUCCGUACAAGUGAACGUUAGGCUUCUUUUAUAUUUCUGUGACAUUUUGGAAAUUGUUUUACUCUGACUUUCAUUUCUGUUGCUUUAAAUAUGAAUCUUUGCCAGAGAGUGAUUAUUUUUUCCUCUUUUGUUUACCUUUGUCUGAUCAAUUUUACAUGAACGCACGCUGCCGAUUGGAAAGGAAGAACUAACAGCAAUAUUUUUACCCGUGAAUCUCAGGAAGCCUCUGAAGGGGAGCUAAUGCAGAGAGACUCUGGAUAGUCAGGCGGACUCUGAUUUGGACUUUUUUGGCCUUCGAGGUUCGAGGCCCCUCUCUCGCCAUGGGGUGAAUUAACCCUUUGUGUAUAAGACGUACACCUGCAUGUCUUUUUACUUCCACCUGCUUCAGCCAUACAAGCCUGUGACUGCUUCAACACUCUCACUCUCUCACUGUGUCGGGUUUGUACUUUGUCCACAGUUUUCUUCUCUCACACGUGGAUGAAAAUCGAAUCGAUGGAUGCAAUUCUCUGAGAAUCGAUGCACUAUUGUAUCCUGUGUUUUUUGAUAACUAUGAUAUGCUUCUUUUUGAAUAUUAGAUUGUUUUUCAUAGGUAAGAGUACACUGGCCGCGCACUAUUUUCCUAUAAUAACUAUCUUUGUAUUGGAUGUCAGUGUUUAAGGGGCAGGCUGAGGCUGCUGCAGUGUGGGUCCACCACCAGGGGGCAGCAGCAGCUUGACGGAUGCCUGAAGCUGCACAGUUUGACUGAUUUUCACUUCUUUCUCUUGCUUUAAACUUUGAUUACAGUGUCUGAUGAACUUCAUGGAUAGUAAAAGUUUGGUCUCGUUUUGUGAAGUGAUGCUUUUGCAUAAGUUUUCAAUUUGAUGUUUUGUUCUUAUAAGGAUUAAAAAUGUGAUUUUUGAA